AUGUUGUGGCUUUACGCAAGCACUUGUGUAAGUGGUUAUCCAAUCAGGGUGGAACGAAUACUUUUAAUAUUCAGCGGUUCGACCAAUGACUUGUCUUUUUUCAACAGAACUACAACUACCAGCAGCGAUUUUAGUAUUACGUCAUAUACAUGCGACAGUAUGUUUUUUCCCCUUCUUAAACUAAACAUCCGGCGGUUUGUUGUUCGGUUGAUAUCUAGCCAAGUGAUAAACUACAGAUUAAGUUGUAUGGUGAUGGAGGGGGAACAACCUCAAGAGGACUGCGCCCAACCCCAGCCCUCCGCGUCCUGCUCCAAGAAGCUAGACAAGCCCCUCUACCAGCCCAAGAAGAAGCAGGACGGCCCCAAAGAUAAGGCCCAAAUCCAGGGAGACGGCAAACCAAAGCCCAGGCCUCGCUACACGGACAAGGCCCGAAAGAAUGCCAAGAACAAGAAGGACAAAGGAGGGAAGAUGGGAGGAGAGGGAAAUGGAGUCCUAAACGGUGAGGCCAAACUGGAGGAGACGGUAGAAGAAGGAGAAGGCGACGUGGGGCCACAGAAUGACGGACAGGCUGCUACAGCCAACCAGGGAGGAGAUGGAGAUGUGGGUUCGCGACUGGAGACGGGGAGCAAGAGUUCUCCGUCUGAGAGAGAAGGGGGAUCCCGGGAGGGGAUACAGUCAGGCCCUCAGGAAGAGGAGGAGGAGAGCUGGGAUGCUCUCUUUGAUGACGAAGGAGAGUGUUUGGACCCCCAUGUCCUAGAGGAGCUGGCCAUAAAGCAGGGCAGGAAGAAGCGGCCGGUGCAGGAGGCCAGGUUUGACUACUACAGCUUGGAUCAGGAGAGAGAGGGGGACGAUGACACUGAGCUCAGGGAGGAUGAGCUGUCUAACAUCAUAGAAAUCUACGACUUCCCCACAGAGUUUAAGACUGAAGACCUGGUCAAAUCCUUCCAGGCCUACCAGCAGAGAGGCUUCGACAUCCAGUUUGUGGACGAUACACACGCCCUGGCUCUCUUCAACAGCCCCAUAGCAGCUCGGGAGGCUCUGAGGACCAAGCACCCGCUGUUGAAGGUCAGGUCUCUGGCUAAAGCCUCCGUCACCACCAGGGCCAAGGCUCGCAGCUGCUCAGACUACCUGCUCCCUACAAAGGAGCGUCCCCAGACAAGUGCAGUGUUGGCCCGCAGGCUGGUGAUGGGGGCGCUGGGCGUCAAGAGUCCCCAGAGCAAAGAGCACCGUGAAGCAGAGAGAAAAAAACUGCAAGAUGCCAAAGAGCAGAAGCGUCUGGCAGCUAAACAGAGAGACGACGCCUGGGAAGGGAAAGCCUGACGGAGAGGAACCACUUCCUGGCUUCUGCCCUCCAUCCCAUCCUCCCUUCACCGUAGGGACUAGACACACCUCUGUUCCCUCUGUUCUCCAUCCCAUCCUCCCUUCACCGUAGGGACUAGACACACCUCUGUUUCCUCUGCCCUCCAUCCCAUCCUCCCUUCACCGUAGGGACUAGACACACCUCUGUUCCCUCUGUCCUCCAUCCCAUCCUCCCUUCAUCGUAGGGACUAGACACACCUCUGUUCCCUCUGUUUCCUCUGUCCUCCAUCCCAUCCUCCCUUCACCGUAGGGACUAGACACACCUCUGUUCCCUCUGUUCCCUCUGUCCUCCAUCCCAUCCUCCCUUCACCGUAGGGACUAGACACACCUCUGUUCCCUCUGUCCUCAUCCCAUCCUCCCUUCACUGUAGGGACUAGACACACCUCUGUUUCCUCUGUCCUCCAUCCCAUCCUCCCUUCACCGUAGGGACUAGACACACCUCUGUUCCCUCUGUCCUCAUCCCAUCCUCCCUUCACUGUAGGGACUAGACACACCUCUGUUCCCUCUGGCCUCCAUCCCAUCCUCCCUUCACCGUAGGGACUAGACACACCUCUGUUCCCUCUGUCCUCCAUCCCAUCCUCCCUUCACCGUAGGGACUAGACACACCUCUGUUUCCUCUGUCCUCCAUCCCAUCCUCCCUUCACCGUAGGGACUAGACACACCUCUGUUCCCCCUGUCCUCCAUCCCAACCCUCCCUUAAUCGUAGGGACUAGACACACCUCUGUUCCCCCUGUCCUCCAUCCCAUCCUCCCUUAAUCGUAGGGACUAGACACACCUCUGUUCCCCCUGUCCUCCAUCCCAUCCUCCCUUCACCGUAGGGACUAGACACACCUCUGUUCCCUCUGGCCUCCAUCCCAUCCUCCCUUCACCGUAGGGACUAGACACACCUCUGCCCCCCCCUCCCCCUACACAGGGCAGCUGUACUGAAGCCACACUGGACUGAACAGAACUGAACUCAGCCAAAGCCCAGAGUUUGUUUGCAGAAGUUUUUCUCUUGAAACCUGGUCAGCUUUAGAUUAAUCAUCACUACUAACAUUGAUAACAGAGUCAUAUGGAGGUUAGGGGGUCAUAUGGAGGUUAGGGGGUCAUAUGGAGGUUAGGGGGUCAUAUGGAGGUUAGGGGGUCAUAUGGAGGUUAGGGGGUCAUAUGGAGGUUAGGCGGUCAUAUGGAGGUUAGGGGGUCAUAUGGAGGUUAGGGGUCAUAUGGAGGUUAGGGGUCUACCCGAACGCUUGUUUUCGAUGGGGUCUACCUGAACGCUUGUUUUCGAUUUCCGUUGCAAAACGUUUUGCUACGGUGUGCACUAAUGAAUACAACCCGGGUCCAUACAACGUAAAGGGGGGAGAAUCUAGUAUGUGUUCAGAGAGGUCCCAUCAUACAACGUAAAGGGGGAGAAUCUAGUAUGUGUUCAGAGAGGCUCCCAUCAUACAACAUAAAGGGGGGGGAAUCUAGUAUGUGUUCAGAGAGGUCCCGUGCAGAGUAGCCAGGGUUAUUAUGGAUGAGCGUAUUGAACAGGGAUGAGCUGCAGGGUUUUGCACCCGCCCAUCACUAAAACACCUGCUGUGCUGAAUCAACUAAUUCAUGAAGAAUAGUUUCAUGUGUUUUUUUUAGUGGUGGGCUGGAACAAAACCCUGCACACAUACAGCACACUGUUGGCCCUGUGUAAGACGUGAUGUUGUCCAUAACCACCAGCGGAUGCUAGACAGUGACAGUUAAACAGUAAGGUGAUGUACCCUCCAGGGUUGGGGUCAGUCCCAUUUAGAUUCCAGUCAGUUCAGAAACUGAAUCGCUUUCCAAUUCCACAUUGAUCCUCAUUGAAAAGCAUUGAGGAGAGGUGGAAUUGGAAUUUCGCUGUACUUCCUGAAUUGACAGGAAUUCAAAUGAAACUGACCCCAACCCUGAUACCCUCCAAUUCUGUUUUUAUUUACUUUUUAUAUUGUUUUAUUACCAGCUGAUGGGGAGGAGCUAAUUAUGACCUAAUUUAUGUUACAUGUAUUAAUCUUAUAAAAAAAAUGUAUCUUGAAUCAUCCUCCCCCAGUUUCUGCUCGUGUUAAAGCACACUGUUUGCGGGGCAGUGUGUCAAGCGUCUGAGUAGGAGAGCUGAUCUAGGACCAGGACCCAACCUGUCCAUAUAAUCUUAUUCAUUGUGUUCUAAAAGGCCAAACUGAUCCUAGAUCAACACUUCUACCCUGAGACGAAUGAGACAUCGGGGCCCAGCUAUCUAACGGCUUAAUAAUGACGAGAGAGGACCCAUACACCAAAUAACAUUAUGAUGACGUCUCCGUUGCACCCUAACGUUUGUAAAAAUGUUUUUGUAAAAACAAUGUAUUUUCUUUUCCUAUUGUAUUGUUCAGUGAACAGGGUUUGUCACUGUUUUUCUCUUAUUGGUGGUUUAAUAAAUCAAUUUUAAACUCUU